UCAACCUUUAAAAAGCAAUUAAGCCGCAGCAUCCUCUGAAACCCUGCGAUCCCUCAUCCGGCUGGAGAGAAACCCGCAUCGUCUGCAAACAAGUGUCUCCAGGUCGCUCGUAGAGAAGGCAUCCUCCACCUCCUCCUCCUCCUCAGCCAUGACUGACAGGAAAGCUGUGAUCAAGAACGCGGAUAUGUCCGAGGACAUGCAGCAGGACGCGGUGGACUGUGCCACGCAGGCCAUGGAGAAGUACAACAUAGAGAAGGACAUUGCAGCCUACAUCAAAAAGGAGUUUGACAAGAAGUACAACCCCACCUGGCACUGCAUCGUCGGGAGGAACUUUGGCAGCUACGUCACCCACGAGACGAAGCAUUUCAUUUACUUCUACUUGGGCCAAGUGGCCAUCCUGCUCUUCAAGUCUGGCUGAGAAGCGUCUGAUGGUUGUCGAGGAGUUGUUCUCCCUGAACCUGAAUUGGAAAUGCACUGGUGGCUGAUGUCUCCCAUACACUAAUAACAACGUACCAUAACGAUGCAAAACCGGCCGUGCGCAAUUGCAUGGACUUUACACUAUUUAAUAUGUAUGUUACAGUAAGUUUACUUUUUCGAUGGUUGCCUUUUGAAUGCAACUGAAGUAGUUUUUGUUUUGACGCUGUUAAAAAAACGUGGUUUUGAUUGUAAAAUAAAAGGAAAGCUGUAGAAUGUAGUGGUGCAUCUGCAUUG